CAGGUCUCUCGAUUUGAAAAAGGGUCUAACUGUGGCGUCGCAGGUUGGCUCAGCCGGUGGCCGUUACGCUUGUAAGAUUACUAUGCAUUCCUUCAAGGUGCACUUGACGUCGAACUGCUCAAGACGUUUAUUUCUUUCGGUUUAUUUACUCAAGUGAUAGACUCAACCGAGUUGAACUGUAGUUACUUACGAACUUCCUUUUCAAGUACGUUCCAUUAUCAACAUUGUACAAUUUACAGAAUAAAUAAAAUAUAUGAGAAUCGUUAUUAUCAAAUCUAAAAUGUUAUGAAAAUAUUGUUUCUAAAAAUAAUCAUUGACAAUUAGGUUUUUAAACUAAAAUAUUGUCUUGUUACAGCAUGAAUAUAAAACAAAUAAUAAAAUAAAAUGAAAAAAUACAGGGUAGAAGCUUUUAUAAUACCAGUUAAUAACAAAACUGAACUUGAAAUCAACCAAAUAGAUGAUGUUAAACUUGCUAAUAAAUUUAAAGAUCAAUCUUCUACUUUAUUAGAGGGAACAAUUCUACCAAGAAUUGUCGAAGAUGAUAAAAAAAGUGAUUGUGAUAAUAGUUUACAAAAUGAGACUGAAAACAAAGAAUCUGUUUCAGAAUUUUCCGAGGUAUUUUUUGAAAUCAAUGAACACAUUUACGAUGAAAUAAUAGUUUCUGGAAAGAAGACAAAUAUUGAAAUAAAAAGUGAAAAGACAACAACUGAAUAUGCAAAAGCUACUUUGAAAAUUGAAGAACCAAUCUAUGAUGAACCAUUUGUUGGUACUUUGGCAAGUCUAAAUAAGAGAAAUAAUGACAAUAAUUAUGAUGUACCACAAGCUAAUUGGAUUUUAGGUAGUUCAAAAUAUAGAUUUUUUGGUAUAGUAGCUCCAAAAUUGCCUAAAAAAUCAAGUAGUUUAAAAUCAAUUGUAGAGGGUAAUGAGAGUUUUGAUGAUAGCACACCAGAGUUUUGCUGUCACGGAAAUAAAGAUGGUUGUUUACCAAGCACUCAACGACCAGAGGAUGUAAGUGAAGAAAUAUUUAAAGAAAAUUGGAUGCAGAGGCUGGAUGCUCUUAGAAAAUUAGAAACAUUAUUGAAAGAUAAAGAAGUUGCUUUGCAGUCUAGAGAGAGGCUUUUGUUUAAGAAAGAAAAAGAAUUGAGAAUUCUGGAAAGACUUGUAAAGGACAAAAUGAAACAAGCAGAAUUAUAUGCUAAGCGAUGUAAGAAAACUUCAAGUUCUGAAAGCAUAGCUCAUGAAUCUAAAUUUUCAAAUAAUUCUAGAGAAAUUUUGUCAAAUCCCUCUUAUUUACCAACACAGAUCAAUUCAAAAAUAUCAUUAGAAAAUAAAGAUGAGCAUAUUUUCAAAAAUCCUCUAAGCAUGAAAAGCUCUUUAAUUUCAGAUAAAUUAGACAAGGAAAAUAGUGUACGGUCAAGAUACAAAACUCAACAGAAAAAAAAGUAUGACGAUCUGGAUUCAACAUUAUCUGCAGAUAUUGGAGACUCAUCAUUUGUGAUAACAUCAAAAAAAUUUGAUCCAGGAGCAUUAAAAAAACCAACAGCAUUCAUGAGAUCAGCCAGUGAAAGAAGACCAAAAUCAGAGCAAAAUGCCACUCAACCGAAGUUUAUUAAUUUGACAGAGAAAAGCGAACGAAAUUUUUUGAAUCAAAUAGAAGAGAAAACUUUCAAAAAAAUCAGUGAAAAUAUUCUGGCCUCUCAAGAUCAAACAACAAAAUUUUUAAAUUAUGGACCAAUUGACAAAAGCUCUGAAGUUGAAAUGAAAAAUCCUGAUUUGAAAGAAUUGAUAAAUCAAAAAUGUUAUUCAUAUCUUAAUUUGGAACCUACACAUAAAGCAGUGAAAAUUAAUUCUAUAUCAAAACAAAGACCAACAUCUUGGAGUGAAAAUACAGAUGAUUGGCUGAUGAAGAAAAGAAAAGCUUAUAAUUUAGCAACAAAAAAAAUGCUGAUAGAAAAUCUUCCAGAAAAAGAAAAUUUUAAUAGGCAGACAAAUACAACUAAAUCAAUGAAAGUUUUAAAAAAGAAAGAAAGUAGUCAUAAAAAGUUUUCCAUAUUUCGCUAGCUGUACAUAAAAACAAUGUUGAUGAAUUUAUUAAAAAAAUGUUAAACUUUUAUUAAAAAAACU